GCCCUGCAGUGGGCCGGUACCACAUAUAACUGGAGCAAUGGGAGAAUCAUCGCACUGCUUGUGCUCGCGUUCAUCCUUCUUAUUGCCUUCGUGGUUAUCCAAAUCUGGAAGCCAGAGCAGGCCACGUUACCACCUAAAAUACUUUUCCAGCGUAGUAUUGCAAGUGGCUUCUGGGUGAGCUGCUGCCAAGGCGCACAUACGAUGAUCAUCAUAUACUAUUUCCCCAUAUGGCUCCAAGCUAUUGAAGGCGUCUCAGCAGUCAGUAGCGGUAUCCAUCUCCUUCCAACGAUAAUACCCCUCGUCAUAGCAUCGAUUGUGACCGGACAACUCAUUUCUCGCAUCGGAUACUACACGCCUUUCUUAAUCUUUGGUGUUUGUCUUACAUCAAUCGGUGCUGGCCUGCUGACCACCUUGGAUGUCAACACCUCAGAAGCAAAAUGGAUCGGUUUUCAAAUCCUUUACGGCUAUGGCCUUGGCUCAUCAACCCAGAUCAACAAUAUGGCCGCGCAAACUGUGUUGUCCCGGAAGGACGUCGCUAUCGGAGCGUCGCUUAUGUUUUUCGGUCAGCAGCUCUUCGGAGCUAUUUUCACGUCUGUGGGUGCGAAUGUUCUUUCCAAUCAGCUGGCUAAGCGACUCGGUCAUAUUCCGGGUGUGGAUGUUACUCCGCGGGUAAUUCAGAGUACGGGUGCGACGGAGGUGUUAAGCCUUGUUCCUGAGGCGUAUCGGGAUGAUGCAUUGAGGGCUUAUAAUGAUUCUCUGCGCGUGUGCUUUCAGGUGGGACUUAUCAUGGCUUGCCUUGCUAUCAUUGGUGCACUUGGUAUGGAAUGGCGCAGUGUGAAGCAGAACAAGCCUGAUGUUGAGCGGAAGGAUGCGAAAGACAGUGAGCAGGGUGCUUCUGCGAAGAUGGAGGGUGAUAGUGAGAUCGAGAAGAAGGCUGAAAGCACGUGA